AUGGAGCCUGUGCGGCUCGAGCGCCAACAGCAGGUGCCUGCCGACCACCGCGCUGCGCUCACGCCAGAGGACCAACUGGCCGCGCCGUUGGCCGCUGUGAAGCUCGCGGAAAGCGGCGACUUUCCGCGGCUCUUGGUGGCUUUAGCGCUGCGUCCGCGACUGGCGAGAGCUGCCGAUGCCUUUGGCAUGACGGCGCUGCAUUGGGUCUGCAGCGACCCUAAGGCACCCCCGCGCGUACUUCUCACUGUCGCGCGUGCGCAUCCUGCAGCCGCUGCCACACGAAACCUAGCGGGUUUAUUACCACUGCACCUGGCAGUCAGAAAGAGCCUCGCUUUGGAGGCCAUCCAGGCGCUGUUACACGUGUACCCUAAGGCCAUUGGGGUGCGAACGCCGGAUGGUAAGACGCCGCUCAUGUUGGCCAAGCAAAGACCCGUGGCGUCUAGCGCUGUGCUCUCUCUACUGAAAGUACUGGAAGCUCAUGCGAGGACGGGAGCUCCCUCCCCGACGAUUACCUCUAGAUCUGUGACACAGGAGGAGACGAUCGCUGCGAUGAUGGCGCCACAUGCACCGCCUCCAAGAUGGGCACUGGCCUCGAGAUGCAGACUUUGUGCUGCAAAGUUUGGAUAUUUCAGACAGAGGCACCAUUGCAGAAGCUGUGGGGCGUCAGUCUGUGGACGCCACUCCAGACAUCGAGUGCCUUUAAAACAUCUUGGACUUUUCCAGCCUCAAAGAGUUUGUGAGUGCUGCUUUGACGAUCUGCAGAAACAACUCAAUGUGCGUGCAUUGGAGCGCGUGACGCGUACUGGGGGCGCGUAUCCAUACAUUGACAACGACGACUCGAACAGUAUCUAUUCAAACACGUCGAUGAAUCUCCAAACUCGCCAUAGACGACGUAGCAAGUCGAUCUUUAGUGAGCCAACCCAGCGUCAUGGACGGAGUGACUGGGAAUGUUGCACCGACAACAAUAGUGAGGCCAGUGCUAAUGGCUUCACUCCUGUCUCGGCUCCUUGGAAUUGGAGCAUUGCAGCGUCAGAAGCUGUCGAGUCACUGCAGCCCAGUAUGGGCUCCAUGUUUCUAUCGGUUGCACCGGCACAACUGACGGUACUGGAGCGUCAGCGUCUGUUACGUGAGCAACAAGGACACUCUAUGGAUUCCGAGCCUACUAGACGGAGAAGUCGACAACGACGAUCAAGGCCACACUCGUCGGCUCUAGACAGAUCGUUGCACGUACAGAGAAUGUCGGAGGUGGAUUCAGCGUGUUCAAGUGAUGAACACGAGUUGGAGCAGCGAAUGCAGCAACUCAUGGAAGUCAAGCGGGAGCUUGGGGAGACUAUGCGUCGCAGCGAGGAGGACACUGAACGAGCACAGCGUGAGAAGCGGGAUCUGGAUGCUCUAGCUGCUAAGUACAGGGACAGCGGGUACUCGAGUCCCCCAGAAUGCGAGGAUGAGGACGAAGAAGCUGAAAUCGCCGCGACGCUGGCCUUCUUGAAUGCUGGUAGAAGGAUGAGUAGCACCGCAGAACUUCUGGAAGACAUGGAGCUGCCACUCGAUGUGGCUGCCACACACCAAGAGUUGGGCGAAACUUUGCUCAGUAAAGGAGACUUUGCUAGCGCCGUUCUGGAAUUGCAACGUAGCGUGGAGCUGGACGCCACUAAUGCCACUGCUUGGCUCCAAUUGGCGAAAGCUUUGGACGGUGUGGGUGAAGAUAGCGAGGCCGCUGAGGAGGCAGUACGUCGUGCACUCGAGCUCGAGCCAACGUCAAUAGGCGCACUAUCUCUUCUAGGGAAGCUGUUGCAUCUACGCGGUGACCACGACGACGCCAUCCUAGUGUUUCGCCAAGCACUGGAGCUACAAUGCCCCAAAGGACGCCUUUCCGACGGUGCACAAGAAUCGGACGCUGAACCCCAAAGCAUGGCAAUGUAG